AGCCGCUUUUUCCUCCCUCCUUAACGUGUUCUUUGCUGGCAUAGGACAGGCAGCAGGUCGUGGCCGGUCUCUGAGAACCGGGCCGACAUUUUACAUAACUCCGAGGAAGAACCAGGCGUGGCCUUUCUCCCCCCCCCUCCGCUUUCCCCCUCCUUCUCCUCCUCUCCCUCGAUCGUGGCCGCCGUUUCUUGGCUCCUCGAGGGCCUAUAAAGGGAGGGCCUCUUUUCGCAGGGCUGCCUUUGAGAAAAUUCCUAGCUAGGCCCCCCUCUCUCUUACAUUGCGCUUGCGGGCUGGGAGGGCGGGCAGCGGCCACCAUUCGCGGAGGUUGGAGCCGCCCGAGCUCUCUCGUCGGCUUUCCUCGGAAUAAAAGCUCAGCAAGUCUGCAAUAAAAAUGGCCACCAAUAAAUCUACCUUGCACAAAAUGGGGAAGAAACAGAAUGGAAAAGGCAAAAAAAUUGAAGAAGCAGAACCUGAAGAAUUUGUUGUGGAGAAAGUCUUGGACCGGCGUGUAGUUAACGGAAAGGUUGAAUACUUCUUGAAAUGGAAGGGAUUUACUGAUGCUGAUAAUACCUGGGAGCCUGAAGAGAAUUUGGAUUGUCCAGAACUAAUAGAAGCUUUCCUGAACUCUCAGAAAGCUGGUAAAGAGAAGACAGAUGGUACGAAGAGAAAAUCUCUUUCAGACAGUGAAUCUGAUGACAGUAAAUCAAAGAAAAAGAGGGAUUCUAUCGAUAAACCCAGAGGAUUUGCAAGAGGUCUUGAUCCUGAGCGAAUCAUUGGCGCCACAGACAGUAGUGGAGAACUGAUGUUUCUUAUGAAGUGGAAGGACUCAGAUGAAGCGGACUUAGUGCUGGCCAAAGAAGCUAAUGUGAAAUGUCCGCAAAUCGUAAUUGCUUUUUAUGAAGAACGGCUAACUUGGCAUUCAUGCCCAGAAGAUGAGGCACAAUAAUUGUUUGGCUUUUCUUUUUUAUAUAUGUAUAAAGGAUAUUAACAGCUGUUUGACUUUGACUUAUCAGAAAUGUGGAAAAUGUCUACAUUCUAAUAGGAUGAGUUUGAUUAUUUUUGAAGUCGUGUUUUGCAUAAACAGAUGGAAAAAAGGGGUUGUGCUAUUUGCUUUGUUUAUUACAGGAGAGCAUUUGAUACUGCUUCCUGCAUAUUAGGUAAAGUGUUUUAUAAAGUUCAUAGUUUAAUAGUGACACAAUGGCAGUUUGAACAAACUCACAAGUGGGGUUUUUUUUGUAGCUCUAUUCAAUUGACAUGCAUGCAUCUUAUUCCAACUUGGUUAUUUAACAGUGCAAUCCUAAGCAGAGUUACACCUUUCCAAGUCCAUUGAAGUCAGUGGUCUUGGAAAGAUGUAAUUCUGUUCAGGAUUGCACUGUAAAUAUGUAAGGCCGUUCUUUUAGUAUUUGUGGCUACUUGGUUCUGAGGGGACCAGGUGAAAACUUUGUAGUAAGUUGAAGGUGCAGUUUGUAUAUUGUUUAUUUUAUUGUAAAUACUGGUGAAUGGUGAUCAAUAAAAUAAUUUUAUAUUCUUGGUC